AUGAAACGCAAUGGUACUUUACUUUCAUUUUUCUCAAAAACUAAAUCAAAAGAUACAGCUGAGUUUAGUUCUUCUUCGCUUUCACUGAUCAAAAACUUGAAUACAUUGUUUCCUAAUGAACUAGAAACUAAUGAUUUAAAUAAUCUUCAACCACGGAUGGAAGUUAAUGUAAAAAAUCUUGAAACUGAUGAAGAAUUAAUAACUUCAGAACCACCAGAUUGUUGGGAUAAUAACCAGGUGAAAUAUUUCACAGAAGAGUAUCCAUGGCUAUAUUUUAAUAAAAAAAAAUUAGGAUGUAAUAUAUGUAGUAAAGUAAAUCACAACUUAACUAAACACCAAGGUACUCAUGGGUCAAAAGAAUGGAAUAGUGGAAAUAUUAUUCCAGCUGGUGAUAAUGUAGGAAAACAGCAAUCAAGUUUACGAAAAAAAAUAGCAAAACAUAAAUCUUCACAAACUCAUUUAAAUGCUGUAAGUACUUUAGAAAAACAAAAAUUUGAAAUUAUGCCUGCCCAAGUAUUGAAAACUUCUAAAAUUGACCUUGAAAGUACAAAAAGAAUUUUUAGAACUGCGUAUUUUAUUGCGAAGAAUCAAAGGCCCUAUGUUGACAUGCCAAAAUUAGUGGACCUUCAAAUAAUGAAUAGUUUAGAAAUGGGACGAAUUCUUCAAACAAAUAAAUCAUGUAGUACCAUUGUUGACCAUAUAUGUAUUGAAAUGCGAAAAAAAUUGUGUUUAGAUCUGUUAGAAAAUAAAAGAAAGAUUUCCAUAAUUGUUGACGAAUCUACAACAUUGAGUCAGAAAACCAUGCUAGUUAUUUGUUUGAGAGCUGCUGUAGCUAAUAAUGAUAAAGUAAUUACAUUUUUCUUUAACAUUAUUGAAGUAGAAAAUACAUCUGCUGAUUUUAUUAAAAAAGCUAUUUUAAUUGAUCUUUCAAAAUAUGGAUUAAAUGAAGAUUUUUUAAAAGAAAACUUGGUAGCGUUUGUUAGCGAUGGUGCGUCUAAUAUGCUGGGUAGAAUUUCUGGUGUUGGUACUCAACUACAAAAAAUGUAUCCCAAUAUAAUUAUAUGGCAUUGUUGUAAUCAUCGUUUAGAGUUAGCCGUAUCUGAUACCUUAAAAGAAAUCCAAGGAACAAAUCACUUUCAGUCAUUUUUAGAAAAGUUAUAUGCAAUAUAUCACCAAUCACCUAAGAAUAUGCAUGAACUUAAAGCGUGUGCAGUUUCACUUGAACAAUCAUUACUACAUAUUGGCAAAAUUUUUACCAUCCGAUGGGUGGCAUCCAGUGAGAAAACGUUAAAAGCUGUAUGGAACAACUAUGUAGCCUUAUUUAACAACUGGACAAAAAGAACCAUCAGGGAAGGGCAAGCGAUUAAUUGUAUUACACAUCGGGUCGUCUGA